GAAAAAGGGAAAGAAAGAAUAUAAAAUAUACGACGUGUACGACUUAAACAAAAAUGUCAAAAGAAGAUAAUGGCUGGAAUCAAAGUGAUGAUGAUUGGGAUGACUGGGGCGAUGGUGACGACGACAAAUUUGUGCAUGUGGAGCCACAGCAGCCCCAGUCGGAAGUGGUGGAGAAAACAAUGAUCAAAAAUAACAAAAUUGGCAACGCAAAAGGAGCAGCAGCGGAGCCUUCAGUGCCACAAGUUGCUACACCAGUCGCAGUAACAACAACGCCAGUGACAUCUCCCAGUGCGUCGUCAGCUGGGUCUGGCUGGGGAUUAUGGGGUAGUAAGCUAAGCUCUGUGCUGAGCACAGCGACUGAAGGAUUGGGCAACAUAACUACGCAGGUCAACCAGGGGCUCAAUCAAAUAAUUGGCGUGCCCGAUCCUGAAGAACUGGCGCGCAUGAAUGCUGCCGAGGCUGCCGCCAAGGAAAUAAGUACCGAAAAGACAGAAGUGGAGGAAACUGAGCAAGAGCAGGAACCUGAAUCAGCCAGUGGAGCUGCCUUUAAUCUGGGCAUAGUAACAACUCUGGGGAGCAAGGUGCUGAACACAGGUCUGGAUACACUUGAGGGCAUUGGCAAAAAGACCAUGAACAUACUACAAGAGAAUGAUCCCAAAUUAAUGAAUAAGCGCAAGCUCUUGGGACUUGAUGCGAAUAAGCCAAACCUAAGUGCAGUGCUGUUAGAAGCUAAGAAGGAUGCAGACCAAAUGGAACAAUCAAUGCAGCAACUGCAGCUGGAAAAGAAAAAGGCACAACUGCGUUUCGAUGUACUUUUUGAGAACUACUGCGGCUUGGUGCAUUAUGAAGCGCUAGAAAUCUUGUCUAAGGAGUCGCGUCUCAAGCUCGAUACACUGCUUGAAGCAGUGAGUGGGCAAGCACUAAGUGAACUGCAGGAAACUAUAAGCGAGGUCAAGGAGCUUCUUGAUAUGGAGAACUUGGAAUGUGAAAGCGAAGGAGAUUAUGAAGCUGCUGAGCUCAACGAGCGUCUACUGGAAACCAUUGUUGAUGCAGAGGUGGAGAUUAAGUUCGAUGAUGUGACAAAUCACUGGACGAAGUCGCAUAGCUGGCUCAGCUCGGAGGAGGCGAGUACUGCAGAUCUGGAGGAAGCUUAUGCAAGGAGUAUAAAUGCUUUAAGUGAAGCAUGCGCUUUAGAAAUGUGCAAAUUGCAUAAAAUUGCCGAGCUGCUGCUGGUAAAGCCACAUCACAGCACCGCCAAUGAAGUGGACAGCAUUGUGCAGCUUUGCAAGCAAUUCAAUGGACACUUGCAAGGCUUAACCCAACGGUACGCAAAUAUUUUAAGCGGUAAGACUGCAGCAGAGGAUGCAACCGAACAAGAGGACUGCAAGACUCGCGUUAAUACACUUUUCGCUGAAAUGCUAAGCGCCGUGCAGUAUAUCGAGCAGGCCUACAAGCUAUUUACGCCCAUACUACAAAUGGGCGCUGUUUAGACCACAAUUGUCACAAGCAUUAUUACAUAUAUUUGUUCUAACUUUCUAUUUCUUUGUUUUGCUUGUUUUUGUGCGCUAUUUUGUAAAAAUAUAAAAUGAAUUCU